CGGGAUUAGUAUCGGUUUGUACAAAAACUGUUCAAGCGACAUGACCAUGAUGGCUGGUGACAGGCUAUGUCAGUGUAGACGCUGACAGUACUGGCAUCGGUGGUCUGUGUUCAGGCUAAAUAACCAUGAUGUGAGUGAAUGAUGAGCUCGGUGGGAUGGCAACAUCGAUCUUCGAAACAAAUUUGAAAGAAAUUGGUUCAUAGUCAAAUGUUGCCAAACCACUCUUUCGCUAAUACCUCUGCUACAUUGUAUCGUGCGGCAAAGCUUCUUUUCAAUCUUCUCUUGCCCACAAUUGCCAGUUGAAUGGAGGAGUAGUUCUUUCCGAGCUCGCAGGGUUUGCCACCACUUCGCGUGGCACAGCCGAAAUGGAUGGAAACUCGGACGGAACAGCAGCGAGGCCGCCAGGACGGUUACCACCCAGCACAGCGAGAAAGACGCCGGGCAGCGCUUUCAAUGGCCGCUCGGCGCAGUUACCACCGCUGCGGCGAGCAUCAGCGUCCACAGGGCGUCGUCCAGUGUUAGUGAGUGCUGAUGGUACUCGAGAACGUAGUGCACAGCCGAGAAGGAUGGCGGGAGGAAAGGCCAAUAGUGGCACUGAUGCUGAUGCUGAUGUUGGACAGAAGAAAGGACGUGCUGCGUUCUACUCGGAUUUGAUUGCGGCGGACUCGCUAACACCUGCUGCUGAAAUGCAGACUGUCAAAGAGGAUUCUUUUCUUGGACCAACCGAAUUCGACCAAGCAUUCAGUGCUCAGACGACUGCAGGAGUGCAUUGCGUCCCUGCGGACAAAUUCAAAGGUCCCUACGAUCUUCUGAAUGCGAUGCGCAAAGGUGGUCCGACAGCAAAGAAAGAUGAUUUGACGCCGUUCCCGGAAAGGUCUCGGCAGCCGAAAGUUCAAAUCGCCUAUGACACCAGGCGCGGCAUUAUGCCACGCUACGUUCAGAUGGAGCGGAAUCGCCGGCUUUUCCGGGAUUAUAACAUUGAGCAGUUGCUGGCUGAGCGCAAUGUGGACAUUGACGACCUCAAAGCCGCUGAGAAUUGUCACGCGCCACGUGGUCUGCUGAAUGCAAAGUCAAAGUAUGAGGACAACACUGGAUGCUGGGCGUUCGCACCUUACCUGCCACUUCCCAUCUUUGACAACACUGAUUUUGAGUGUCGAAGCGUCGAUGAUUGGAUGGAGCAAGGAGUGCUUGAAGAGAAAUGCUCCGAUGGAAGUGUGAAGCGUGUACAGCAUCCUCUCCCAGCCAAAGCAUUUCUGCCGGUGGUCCAGCAUCCUAAGGCACCCAUCCUGUCGGCUACUAGUCGCAUCAGGCCGAAGAAGGGACGCUUCGACCGACCAGUACUGAAAGGCAAAAGCGAGUCGUCUGAGGACACAGCAGCACAACACGCAUGGGUUCCUGUAGCCGUGUUCAAGCACCUCGAGCGAUAUGGGUGCUUUCUUGUUUGCAGAGUCGACAAUGCGGGAAUACCUCUGGCGGACUGCAGCCUGAAAGCGAGGAAAAAUGGAAUUGAUAAAGAUGAUCUCCACUACCGCGUUCCGCGCGUCUUGCUGAUGUUCGAUGCGGAGGAUCCUGUCAAUUUUGCCAAUCGUGUAGCCGAUGCUGAGCGAAGGCGUCGCUAUUGUGAGGCGAUAAUCCGCUACAAUCUCUACCUGGAUUGCUUUCCAACCGAAGGCUUGCUUCCAAUUCCCAGCUCAUCUCUGAACAGACUUGUUCACUAUGUGUCUGAUACAGUCAACCUGAAACAAACGCCAAAGGCUGAAGAGUAUUUGACUCGCCUCUGCCGUCAGAUCUCUUUGGAGUAUCAACGUGCAAUGGCAAAGUUACAGUUUGACAUUGAAGUGAAACGAUCUCCGGACCAGUACCCCUAUGUAACUCUGCCAAAGCCAGAGCCUGAAAGAGUGCCGAACACAGGGAAAGUCCCCAUUCCAGCAUUUGACUUUGCAACAGCGUUGCAAGUCCUUAAAUUCAAGACACUGUUGAUCAGCACCAGUGCACAGAAUGUGCUAUUUUCGCUGUCGUCAGAGUGCUUUGCAGCCGCUGCAUGCAACCUCUUUCAGACCGGCCUUAAUAAGACAAUGAAACUAUUUGACUUCGACCAGAUGCAAUCGCAGAGCUGCGUACAGGUGAAGACGUAUCUGAGUGAGACAUUCUUCAUCAAUCUGCGCAACGCUAUCCGUCACAGUUUGCGUGAUGUUGGUAAGGGCUGGUUCAAUCCAAAAGAGAAGGACGUGGAUGUCUAUCUGGGCUCAAAGCUCAAGAAGCUGAUGGAAGUAGUCAAGUAUGCCAUGCAGGAUUCAAUUCGCUCCCUUGUCGAGCGGUCACUGAAGGACUUUGUGGGUAUGAUAACUGACAACUGCCGGGAUAUUGUCAGUGUUGCAUCCAGCUUUGAGUGGAUUGGCCCUGUCAAUGUCAGCCCAUUCGAGUCGUCAUGCACACCACUGUUUGGCCUUGAGAUGACCAUAUCCAAGUCCGGCAUUGGCUUCAGUACUCCUCUCAAUAGCAUUGUGCCUUGUCUGCUUGCAAUAUUCAAGAAGGCCUUUGAAUGCACCAAGAAAGUGGGAAACCUUGAGCCGUUGAUCCUGGAAUACCUGUUCUGGAAAGGCGGUGUAGCACCAUUGGAGACCGUCGGAGAGGACGAGCCUCCUGUCGUUGCUCUGCGUGAGCACUUGGUACACUGCAUAGAACAGGCUUUGGUUCCGCUACAUGCCCUGGCCCGGCGCUUUGAAGAACACAUGAUGCUGUUCAAUACCGAGGUCCAGCCCUAUCUCGAAGGUUUCAAGGCGACCGAACGUACACCUGAGCAGAUUAGAGUGGAGAUAUCCAAGCACAUCGCGGCUCGCAAGGAGUUGGAAGACACGUUACCUAUGCAGCUUCACAUCGGUCCGUUUGCUCUAGGCUGUGAGGCCAUUCGCAAUAUUUUGAUCAAACGGCGUUCUGAUCUUGCUCAUGGCCUCUUGGACUUCUUGGUUGCCAAGCUCAGAGAGCAGUCUGAUGAGGUUUGCAAUGAAUUCCAGAAGUUAUCCUUCAAGCUCUUCACUAAGCCCAACAGCAUUGAGGAGCUGAUGGAACAGAAGGAGUUCAUGAAGACCAUUCCCGAUGCCGUCGCUGCUCAAAUGGACGAUGUUAACCGUCUCAACCAAGAUUAUGAUGUCUUUGAUGAGUUCUUGUACAAUCUUAAUGAUGAUGACUUCAUUUCGCGCUGGACGUUGGUCGGCUGGCCAGCCAAGCUAGAAAGGCAGGUGGAGCAAGUCACUGUUAGUCAAGCGCAUGAUGAAGAGCAUUUCAAGAAGAAUCUCCUGACUGAUCGGACGGAUUAUGUCGACAAAGUGGAUGCUUUGGAGCUGGCAGUGGCUGGAUUCUCCGGCUACACUGAUCUUGGGCGUGCGAAAGAAACCGCUGUGGAGGCUAGACGCGUUGCUGGUCUGCUCAAAGACUACCAACAACAGUCCCAGAUCAUCAAUCAGCGAGAGAGGUUGUUUGAGUUGCCGGUGUCUUCGAAUGAGAAAUUGAUGAAGCUGGUACGUAUGUUUGAGCCCUACAAGAACCUGUGGAUCACGGCAGCUGAUUGGCUGGUGUGGAAUGAUGCUUGGAACAAUGAGCCACUGACAAACAUUGAUCCAGAGUCGAUGGAGAGCAACGUCAGCUCUUCAUUCCGAACUAUGCACAAGUGUUCCAAGCUUUUCAAGGACAAACCAGGUUGUCAAGGCGUUGCAGACGAGAUCAAGCGUCAGAUCGAGGAGUUCAAGCCCUACGUGCCGCUCAUUCAAGCUCUAAGAAACCCAGGCAUGCGUACUCGCCACUGGGAUCAGCUUUCAGCUGACCUUGGCUUUCAAGUGCGCCCCAAGCCAUCAUUCACCUUUCAGAAGUGCUUGGAGAUGAAGAUGGACGAGCACAUUGAUGUGAUAUCCAAGGUGGCUGAGGUCGCCGGCAAGGAAUUCUCUAUUGAACAGGCUCUUGACAACAUGGAGGAUCAGUGGAAGGCGAUUGUUCUGGAAAUUAUAGCAUACAAGGAGACCGGAACGUCCAUCAUGCGCGCCAGUGAAGAAUGCUCGCAGCUGCUUGAUGAUCACAUAGUCAUGACACAGAGUAUGGCGUUCUCACCGUACAAGAAGCCAUUCGAGCAGCGCAUCAACGCCUGGGAGAACAAGCUGAAAGUCACACAGGAUGUCAUGGACGAGUGGGUGGCCUGUCAGCGUUCCUGGCUCUAUCUGGAGCCAAUCUUCAGCUCUGAUGACAUUAUGCGCCAGCUGCCGGUCGAAGGCAAGCGCUAUCAGACGAUGGAUCGCAUGUGGCGCAAGGUCAUGAGCAGGGCUAAAGAAGAACCAAGGGUCAUUGUUCUGUGUCCGGACAACACUCUUCUAGAGAGUCUGCGUGAGUGCAACCGUCUUCUGGAUCAGGUCCAGAAGGGACUGAGUGAAUACUUGGAGACGAAGCGCUCCGCAUUCCCGCGCUUCUACUUCCUCUCCGAUGAUGAGCUGUUGGAGAUUCUAUCGCAGACCAAGGAUCCUACUGCUGUUCAGCCUCACUUGAGGAAGUGCUUUGAGAACAUAGCCAAGCUUACCUUCCUAGAGGAUCUGAAGAUCACAGAGAUGUUCAGUAGCGACGGUGAGAAGGUGCCGUUCAGCGAGGAGCUGUAUCCAACGGGCAAUGUGGAAGACUGGCUGCUGGAAGUCGAGCGUGUCAUGCGUGCAAGCUUGAAUGACAUCCUACGCCGUGCUCUGGAGGCAUAUCCAGUGACACCACGAACAGAGUGGGUGCUACAAUGGCCAGGUCAGAUUGCCAUUGCUGGCUGUCAGACGUUUUGGACAUCAGACGUGACCGCGGCCAUCGAAGCCGAUGAGCUUGCGGCGAGCAAGAUGAACCUGGACAACCAGCUGGCUGACCUGGUGGCCUUGGUGAGAGGCAACCUGACUCGUAUGCAGCGCUCAAUCAUGUCAGCGCUCAUUGUCAUCGAGGUUCACUCCAGGGACGUCUGUGCCAAGAUGGUCGGCGAAGACGUGAAGAACGUCAAUGACUUCGAAUGGAUCAGUCAAUUGAGGUACUACUGGGUAGAGAACAAUCUGUUCACGCGCGCCGUCAAUGCAGAGUUUGAGUAUGGCUACGAGUACCUGGGUAACUCCGGUCGGCUCGUCAUCACACCACUGACUGAUCGGUGCUAUUUGACACUAACCGGCGCUCUGCAUCUCAAGUUUGGUGGAGCUCCAGCUGGUCCUGCAGGAACAGGCAAGACAGAGACAACUAAGGAUCUUGCCAAGGCCAUGGCUAUCCAGUGUGUUGUGUUCAACUGCUCUGACCAACUUGACUUUAUGGCAAUGGGAAAGUUCUUCAAGGGACUGGCUAGCGCUGGUGCUUGGGCCUGCUUCGACGAGUUCAACCGAAUCGACAUCGAAGUGUUGUCCGUCGUUGCUCAGCAGAUCACAACCAUUCAGCUCGCUCAGCAACAGAGGCUGGACCGGUUCCUGUUUGAAGGAGUUGACAUCGGUUUGAAGGCAUCGUGUGCUGUCUUCAUCACCAUGAAUCCUGGAUAUGCAGGACGCACUGAACUGCCGGACAAUUUGAAGGCAUUGUUCCGUCCGGUGGCUAUGAUGGUGCCAGACUACGCUAUGAUAGCAGAAAUCAUGCUCUUCUCGUUUGGAUUCUCCGACGCCCGUGUCAUGUCCAAAAAGAUCACCACCACAUUCAAGCUGUCAUCGGAACAGCUCAGCUCUCAGGAUCACUAUGAUUUCGGUAUGAGAGCUGUGAAAACUGUCAUAUCGGCCGCUGGCAAUCUGAAGAGAGCUAACCAAGACAUGGAUGAGGAACUGAUUGUCCUACGUGCUAUUCGAGAUGUCAACGUACCCAAGUUCCUGCAAGAUGAUCUGAAGCUCUUCAACGGCAUUGUCUCUGAUCUCUUCCCACAAAUAAAGGAGCAGCCAAUCGAUUAUGGAGACUUGGAGGCGUCCAUUCGAACAUGUACCAUCAACUCUGGACUGAAGGAUGUUGACAAUUUCAUCACUAAGUGCAUUCAGCUGUACGAGACUACAGUUGUCAGACAUGGACUGAUGUUGGUCGGACCUACUGGAUCUGGAAAGACGCAGUGCUAUCGCGUGCUGAAGAAAGCUCUGUCUGCACUCAAAGGACAAGUGGCACCGACUGGAUAUGAGUUUACGGAAACUCACACGUUUGUAGUCAACCCGAAGUCCAUCACCAUGGGUCAGCUGUAUGGAGAGUUUGACUUACUGACCCAUGAAUGGACGGACGGCAUUCUCUCAUCCCUCAUUCGCUGGGGAGCUUCAGCCCAGGACGAGGACAAGAAGUGGUACAUGUUUGAUGGUCCAGUGGAUGCUGUGUGGAUUGAGAACAUGAACACUGUACUGGACGACAACAAGAAACUCUGCCUUAGCAGUGGAGAGAUCAUCAAACUCUCUGAGGUGAUGACAAUGAUGUUUGAAGUGCAGGAUCUAGCGGUGGCCAGUCCAGCUACGGUCAGUCGCUGUGGCAUGGUCUACCUUGAACCCAGCAUUCUUGGACUGCAGCCGUUUGUCGAGUGCUGGCUGAAGAGGCUGCCCAAGGCUCUCACUGGCUAUGCAGACCAAUUGAGCAAGCUCUUUGACACAUACAUGGAGCCAUGUGUUGACUUUCUCCGUGAGAACGCCAAGGAGUAUGUUCCCUCCGUGGAUAGCAACCUGUGUGGCAGUAUGAUGCGUAUCCUGGACUGCUUCUUUGCACCAUUUGCACCUCCAAAGAAGCAGCUCGGAGGCAGUGCCAAAACCGUGGAAGUCACAUCGGAGAAGCAAUCUCUCAUAGCCAAGCUAAUUGAACCGUGGUUCUUCUUUGCUCUGGUGUGGGGCAUCGGCGGUAGUUGUGAUGAAGAUGGCCGGUGCAAGUUAGACAAGUGUCUGCGUGAGAAGAUGAAAGAAAACAAUGUUGCUCUGCCGUUUCCAGAGGAGGGUCUUGUUUACGACUAUCAGAUUGAUGACCUGGGUGUGAGCAAAGUUGCUGGUGAUGAUGAUGACGAUGACGAUGCCAAAAAGAAGAAGAAAAAGAAGGUAUCCUGGGUGGGCUGGAUGGAGGGUUUGCCAGACGUGGUUGUUGAUCCAAAGCGGUACUCAGAUAUCAUUGUGCCUACAAUGGAUACGGUGCGAUCAGCAGCACUCAUGGAGUUGCUAUUGACACACGACAAACAGGUGUUAUGUGUGGGCCCAACUGGUACGAGUAAAACUUUGACUGUCGCCAGCAAGCUGCUCAGUCACAUGCCCAAGGAAUUCCUAUCCGAGUUCAUUUCAUUCUCGGCUCGCACCGGUGCCAAUCAAACACAGGAUAUGAUUGACUCAAAGCUGGAUAAGAGACGGAAGGGCAUCUUCGCCCCACCACUGGGCAAGUUCUGCAUCUUCUUUAUUGAUGACCUCAACAUGCCGGCAUUGGAAACGUACGGUGCACAGCCUCCAAUAGAACUGCUCCGCCAGUGGAUGGACCAUGGCGGCUGGUAUGAUAGAAAACAGAUAGGCGCUUUCCGUAACCUUGUUGACAUUGGCUUCAUCUGUGCAAUGGGUCCUCCUGGUGGCGGUAGAAACCCGGUAACGCCGCGUUUCCUUCGUCACUUCAACUUCUUGACAUUCUGCGAAAUGGAGACAUCGAGCAAGCACAGGAUCUUCAAAACAAUCCUUGAUAGUUGGUUAGUUGAAUUGCCAGACUGUGCAGCACUGAGCGACAUACUGGUGACAACGACCAUUGACAUCUACGGGACGAUCACUUCCCAGCUCUUGCCCACGCCAGCCAAGUCACAUUAUACAUUCAACUUGCGUGACCUGUCCAAGGUCUUUCAAGGCCUACUCAUGGCCAAGCCAUCUAAAGUGAAGGACGACGUGGGCCUGUACCGUCUGUGGUUCCACGAGUGCUGCCGUGUGUUCGAAGACCGCCUGGUGAACAACGAGGAUCGUAACUGGUUUGAAGACCUGUUGCGCAACAAGAUGGCAACUGAUCUGAAUGUUUCCGUGGAUGAUGUUUUACCUCACGGCCUUCCAAUUUACGGUGAUUUUGCACAAGGUUCAGACGUGAAGACGUACGAGGAGAUCACCGACAUUGGAAAGAUGGUUCGUGUAAUUGAAGAAAACCUGGAGGAUUACAACCAGACAAGCACAGCUCCCAUGAAUCUCGUGCUGUUCUUGGACGCCGCACGGCACGUAGCUCGUAUCAGCCGUAUCAUCCGACAGCCACUGGGCAAUGCGCUGCUACUUGGUGUUGGCGGCAGUGGUCGUCAGAGUCUCACACGACUGGCGUCCCAUAUGGCUGACUUUGAAUGCUUCCAAAUUGAGCUCUCUAAGAACUAUGGCAUCACGGAGUGGAAAGAAGACCUGAAGAAUAUCAUGCUGAAGGCUGGGUUAGAGGACAUAUCCAUGGUCUUCUUGUUCAGUGAUACUCAGAUCAAAGAAGAAAGCUUCCUGGAGGAUAUCAACAACAUUCUGAACUCUGGCGAUGUGCCGAAUAUCUAUGCCUUGGACGAAUUGGACAAGAUCUAUGCUUCGAUGAAAGGCAUUGUGCAAGACAUGGGGUUGGCCCCCACCAAGGCGAACUUGUUCUCUGCUUACACCAAGCGCGUCCGCUCAAACAUUCACAGUGUCAUCACCAUGAGCCCCAUUGGUGAGACAUUCCGUGAGCGUUUGCGUAUGUUCCCGUCGCUGGUCAAUUGCUGCACCAUCGAUUGGUUCUCCGCGUGGCCAGACGAGGCUCUGCAAUCAGUGGCACGCUCUUUCAUGAGCGAAAUGACAGAGUUGGAUGUUGAGGCUGAUGUCAUCACGGGCUUGGUUGACAUCUGCGUCGCUAUUCACAUGUCCGUUGCGGAUGUAUCCAAGAAGUUCCUGUCUGAGCUGUCACGUCACAACUAUGUGACACCGACUAGCUACCUGGAGCUUCUUGGUAUCUUCUCAAAGCUACUCAAAGUGAAGAAGACUGAAGUCCUGAACCAGCGUAACAGAACGAAGAUAGGCUUGGACAAGCUGCUGUCCACAGCGAAAGAAGUUGCCAAGCUCCAAGAGGAUCUGGAAGAGAUGCAGCCCAUGUUGAAGAAGGCUCAAGUGGAGACCGAGGAGACCAUCGUUCAAAUCAAUAGAGAUACGUUAGUCGCCAAUGAGACUCGAGCGCGGGUGAAACAAGAGGAGGAGCAGGCACUUCAGAAAGCCAUGGAAACUGAAGCAAUCAAAAACAGCGCCCAGAAAGAUCUGGAUGAAGCUUUGCCAGCGUUGGAUGCUGCUCUGGCUAGUUUGAAAUUGCUUAACAAAGGCCACGUCACCGAGGUUCGGUCUCUAACACGCCCGCCGCAAGGUGUACGCAUGGUGAUCGAGGCAUGCUGUAUCAUGAAGGAAGUCAAGCCAAAGAAGGUGGCUGGUGACAAGCCGGGUGUGAAGAUCGACGACUAUUGGGAAGUUGGCAAGGCAAUGAUUCAAGAUCCAAACAAGUUUUUGGAAAGUUUGUUCAACUAUGACAAGGAAAACAUCCCCAGCCAAGUUAUUGAAAAGAUUCAGCCGUAUAUCGACAAUCAGGAUUUCAUGCCUGAGGCUAUCAAGAAGGUUUCCUUGGCGUGCACAUCUAUUUGCCAAUGGGUGCGUGCCAUGCACAAAUAUCACUUUGUGGCCAAGGGUGUCGAGCCUAAACGACAAGCCUUGAAGGCAGCACAGAAGGAACUUGAAGAGACACAGAGAACUCUGGCAGCUGCCAAGAAGGAACUGGACGGUGUCGAACAGGGCAUCGCUGUCCUCCAAGCUCGCUUCCAGGAGUGUGAGGCAAAGAAAGUCGAGCUAGCUAACAACGUCGAUACCUGCAGUGCUCGCCUCGGUCGUGCCGAGAAGCUCAUAGGAGGACUUGCUGACGAGAAAGACCGCUGGGCGGACUCCGUGGAAAAUCUCAAUGCCAUGCUGAUCAACAUUGUGGGAGAUGUACUGGUAGCGGCCGGUGCAGUGGCCUAUCUCGGUCCUUUCACUGGUGAAUACCGAGCAGCCAUGGUCACGGACUGGAUGAGUAAGCUUGCCGUGAAGAGUUUACCGCACACGCCAGGCAGUAACCUGCUGAGCAUCCUAGGUGACCCGGUUGCUAUCCGCAGUUGGCAGAUUGCCGGCCUGCCGCGAGAUAAUCUCUCCGUGGAGAAUGGUAUUGUAACGCAGUUCUCCAACCGAUGGCCGCUGUUCAUCGACCCGCAGGGCCAAGCCAAUCGCUGGGUGAAGAACAAGGAGAAGGAACGUGGUCUUGAUGUCGUCAAACUCACUGAUCGGGAUUUCCUUCGGAGCUUGGAAAACGCAGUGCGCUUUGGAAGGGCGUGCUUGCUCGAGAACGUUGGAGAGGAGUUGGACCCGGCACUGGAGCCAAUCUUGUUGCGACAGACGUACAAGCAAGCAGGCAGUAUCGUGAUCAAGCUCGGCGACGCUGUUAUACCGUAUCACAAUGACUUCUGCUUCUACAUCACCACCAAGCUACCCAACCCUCACUACACACCAGAGGUAUCCACCAAGGUUACCCUGGUCAACUUCACGCUAUCGCCAAGCGGUCUGGAAGAUCAAUUGCUAGCACUAGUAGUUGCAGAAGAACGCCCGGACCUGGAGGAAGCCAAGAACCACCUGAUUGUGAACAAUGCUAAGAUGAAGCAGGAACUGAAGGAAAUCGAGGACAAGAUCCUGGAGAAACUUAGCUCAUCAGAGGGAAGUCCUGUUGAUGACGUGGAUCUCAUCGACACCCUUGAACGCUCCAAAGUGAAAUCUGAGGAGAUCAAGACCAAAGUUGCUUCUGCUGAAGCCACCGAGAAGGAGAUUGACGACACGCGUAGCCAGUACAUUCCUGUCGCACGCCGCACACAGAUCCUCUUCUUCUGUGUAACGGAUCUUAGCAAUGUAGAUCCUAUGUAUCAAUAUUCCCUGGAGUGGUUCAUUGGCAUCUUCAAGAACGGAAUAGCAAAAGCGGAACCAUCAGAGGAUGUGGUCGAAAGGAUCGGUCACAUCAACGAGUUCUUCACAUUCAGUCUCUACUCCAAUGUAUGUCGCUCGCUGUUCGAGAAGCACAAGCUACUCUUCUCCUUCCUGCUGUGUGCCCGCAUAUUGAUGGAUGACAACCGGAUCAACAUGGAUGAAUGGAGAUACUUGCUAGCAGGAGGAACAACCAGUCCAGAGAAGAUUCCCAACCCAGCCUCGGAAUGGCUGAGUGAACGAGCAUGGUUUGAAUUCCUCAACUUGACUGUCCUCCCAACAUUUGCAGCCUUUGCAACGGAUUUUCCAAAUCACACGGGUGCGUUCAGAGCUGUGUUUGACAGUCCUGACCCUCAUCGAGAACCAUUGCCAGGCAAGUGGAAUGAGGACUUAGAUACAUUCCAGAAAAUGCUGGUGCUGCGGUGUCUACGUGUUGACAAGAUCACCAAUGCAAUGCAGGAUUUUGUCGCUCAUCAUCUUGGCCAACGUUUUAUUGAACCUCAAACUGCGGAUUUGAGUGCAGUGUUUGGGGAUUCGUCACCGACAAUACCUCUCAUUUUUGUGCUGUCCACUGGAACGGAUCCGGCAGCUAGCCUCUACAAGUUUGCUGAUGAAAUGAACUUCACACGGAAGCUGAAUGCCAUAUCCCUUGGACAGGGACAGGGUCCGCGCGCUGAGGAAUUGAUGCAGCAAGCAAUGGACCGCGGCAAAUGGGUAUUCUUCCAGAACUGCCACUUGUCGCCGAGUUGGAUGCCCGCCCUGGAAAGACUGAUUGAGAACAUUGACAAAGAAAAGGUCCACAAAGACUUUCGACUAUGGCUAACAAGUAUGCCCAGUCCCAAAUUCCCUGUUCCUAUCCUUCAAAACAGCUCCAAGAUGACCAUUGAACCACCAAAGGGCAUCAAGGCGAACUUACUGCGCUCAUAUACUGGAUUCUCUGUCGAGUUCCUUGAGACCUGCUCCAAGGCCGAGCAAUUCAAGGGCCUGCUGCUAUCUCUCUGUCUCUUCCAUGGCAUCACGCUUGAGAGACGCAAGUUUGGAGCUCUGGGUUUCAACAUUCCUUACGAGUUCACUGAAGGUGACUUGGCAAUAUGUAUCAGCCAGCUGAAGAUGUUCUUGAAUGAGUACUCCGACAUCCCAUAUAAGGUCUUGACGUACACUGCUGGACAUAUCAACUAUGGCGGACGAGUCACCGAUGACUGGGAUCGGCGAUGCCUCAUGAAUAUUCUACAUGACUUCUAUGAUCCUACAGUGCUUAAAGACGAUCACGCCUUCUCGCCGUCGGGAAUCUACCACCAGUUCCCAGGCAACACGGAGCAUCAAGUGUAUGUGGAGUACAUCAAGAACUUGCCGAUCAACGACACACCAGAGAUAUUUGGCUUGCAUGAAAACGCUAACAUCACGUUUGCCCAGAACGAAACGUUCUCGCUUCUCGACGGCCUGUUGACCAUGCAGCCAAAGACUGGCAGCGGCAAGGGCCGCUCUCGGGAAGAGGUGGUAUCUGAGACGGCUAACAGCAUUCUAGAGCGUGUCAGUGAUCCACUGAACCUGUCGGCGGUGAUGAAGCGUUACCCCGUGCUUUACGAGGAGAGCAUGAACACUGUGCUCAUACAAGAGGUCAUCCGCUACAAUCGCCUGCUGACCACCGUGAAGAGAACGCUGCGUGACAUGCUGAAGGCGCUCAAAGGCCUGGUGGUGAUGUCCGCAGAGCUGGAGAAGAUGUUCAACAGCCUGUACAACAAUGCCGUUCCAGACCUUUGGGCCGGCAAGGCAUACCCGUCGCUGAAGCCACUUGCGUCUUGGGUGACGGACCUUGUGACUCGCCUGGACUUCAUACAAGGCUGGGUGGACACAGGAAUUCCAACUGUCUUCUGGAUCUCGGGAUUCUUCUUCCCGCAAGCCUUCCUCACUGGCACACUGCAGAAUUUUGCGCGUAGAGAAGUGGUGUCUAUUGACACGAUUUCGUUCGACUUCGAGGUAAUGAAGCAGCAAGCAAAGGAUCUGAAGGAGAGGCCAGCCAGUGGCUGUUACAUACAUGGUUUGUUUCUGGAGGGUGCUCGUUGGAAUGCUGAAAAUCACGAGCUUGGUGAGUCUCGGCCCAAGGAGCUAUACACAGACAUGCCCAUCAUGUGGCUGAAGCCGGCUGAAAACCGCGUUGCACCGACCAGUGGCUUCUACGAGUGCCCGGUAUACAAGACACUUCAGCGAGCAGGUACCCUCUCAACAACCGGUCAUUCAACAAACUAUGUAGUCGCUGUAGAGGUACCCUCCAGCAAACCACAGAACUACUGGAUCAAGCAAGGCGUUGCUCUCCUGUGUGCAUUGAACUACUAGACUGUCCAGUCUGCGAAGGACCUGGCACGAACGGGCAGUGAGACGGGCAGUGAACAUGUGCUGGCACGUGUAACUCUGAAGAUGCACAAUGAAAUUAUGCAUGGUUGAUGCCCAUGCAUACAAUGGAUGUUGUUUCCGGUUACUUUUUUUUCCAUAUAAUUAUUCCAAGUUCAUUUGUGUUUUGUAAGGUGAUGCAUUUACGCGUGGUGCGUGGCAAUGGGGUUGGUUUUAGUGUCAGUGAAUGGAAGUUUCAUCUUGUUUUGCUGUACGAAUAUUGAUGAUUAUUGAUGGUAGUAAUGCUGGUGGGAGUCAGGCAGAUGCCAGUGUUUUCCUUUGCUGCUUCUCAAUUUGAAUGUAAGUCGUUUGUAGUCCCGGAUGAUUGUGAAUGUAUGAAGUAAAUAUACUUUGAGUAUGCUUUCUCUUUGAUGCCAGGAUAUCUGCAGUAUUUUGAAAAUUGGUUUUAGUUGCAUACAUAGAACAUGUAGAAUACUGUACUUCAUUUACAAUUGUAUAUCACUGGUCACCGGCAGUGCCGUUAGAAUAUUGUUAGGUUACAUGGGAGAUAUAAUCUA